GAACUUCUGGCAAAAAAUUCCCCUUCAUAGGCGUUUGCUGAUUGGCUGAAACCCAGCGGAAUCAACCAUUCACCUCGUCCCCUUUGCCAGUUCUUGUUCUUCUGCUCUGUUCUCUGACAGGUCAAGAGCUAGUCUCAGCCCUCCAGAAGCCCCCCAAGAAUAUACAAAAUGUACGCUGCUGCAAGAUUCAUCACCCCAGCUGCCCGCUCUGCGCUGGUAUCCACCUCUAAGACCUACCUGAGGCCACUCAGCAGUGCCGUGAUCACCAGCACGCCUGCCCAGAGCCAGCAAAGCACCUCCACAUCUCUUGCUCUGCUCCCAGCGCGCAGUUUCCAGACCUCUGCUGUCUCAAGGGACAUUGAUUCCGCCGCCAAGUUCAUUGGUGCUGGUGCCGCCACCGUUGGAGUCGCUGGAUCAGGAGCUGGUAUUGGAACAGUGUUCGGUUCCCUCAUCAUUGGCUAUGCCAGGAACCCCUCCCUCAAGCAGCAGCUUUUCUCUUACGCCAUUUUGGGCUUCGCCUUGUCUGAAGCCAUGGGCCUGUUCUGUUUGAUGAUGGCCUUCCUGUUGCUCUUUGCCUUCUAAACAGGGCAUUUUGAAAAGAGCCUUUUAUUUACCAGGACGGGUGCUCGGCAACUGCGCUCCUGGUCUGGUUUUUAAUCUGCUCUUACUAUUAAUUAAUGUUAGUCAAAAAAUGAGAUGGAAAAAGAACGGUCAACGACACCUCAUUUUUGAUUAUAAAAAUAUGUGGGGGCUGGAGGAAGUGAGAUAAACGAAAAACGAUUUUGAACGGUCAAUUCAGGUCUUCCUCGUUUGGGGGGGCUGAGCGAGGUCGUAAGUUUUCUGAGCAUGCACAAACCUCAAUCCAGUGAGCUGCUCUGAAAAGUGAAACUUGAAUUGAUUUAUUUUGUCAGCGGAACAUCUCGCCCGACUAUUAUUAUAAUCUUCACAAUAUAGACACAAAGAAACAGAAAUGUUAAAUUUAUUUCAAAAAAAAAAAUCCUACAUCGUGUAAAGUACCAGCAUAGACUGUCAUUUAAUAUUUUCGUUCAUUAAAAUAUGAUUGAUUGUUAGCGAAACCAGUCUCGUUUUAUUGCAGCGCUCGGGUUAUGACACUGUACACAAUAAAGAUGGUCACAUCUUGUUAAUUUUCAA